CAGCCGCAGCAUGUCUUCCAGCUCCAGCCUCAACACCCUGCAGCGCCUGGUGGAGCAGCUGAAAUUGGAGGCCGGCGUGGAAAGGAUCCGGGUCUCUCAGGCAGCUGCGGAGCUUCAGCAAUACUGUAUGCAGAAUGCCUGCAAAGAUGCGUUGCUCGUUGGAGUCCCUGCGGGAAGCAAUCCAUUUCGGGAGCCCAGAUCCUGUGCGUUGCUGUGAAGAGAGGGAAGGUUAAGUUCUCUUCGAGCAUGAGAGGAAUCCCCGCAGCCUUCUUUUUUUCAACAUCUCUCUUGAUCCUUACUUUUGUGUGGCCAAAAUGGUGUCUUUAGAUAACUGUUAGUGUGUUUGAUCAGUCUUUGUUACUGAUGUUUUGCUAAUUAUAAAACAUUUAAUAAGGAAAAUACUUCCCCAUGGUAAUCGAGUCCCCUUCCUUUUCUACACGUGUUCCUCUGAGAUGUUUACACUUUAGAAAAAAGGGGAUCACCAAAUCAAAAUGUCUUGCUCUUUUGUUUUGUGGUGCCUGAAUGAGACGCUCUUUAGCGGCCUUUCUGGUUUGUGUUUUCUAAACAAUGAUGUGCACUGCGGUCAUGAACCAGCUAAAGUGAAGCCCUUUUAAAUACUGCCAUUCUGUGCUCACUUAGUCACUUACAAAACUUAGUGGGAGUUGUUUCUCAGUAAAAGUACGUAAGACUAGGCUGCAUGUCUCAUUGAUUUCAGUGGGGAAGCACAUUUUUCCUUUUUCAGUCAAGUACUUGCUUUAAAAGUGCUUAACUUUGGCUGGACUGUGCCCAGUUUUUGUUAGAGAACAGUGCCCAUCUAUUCCAUAUGGAGGACAAUUUUUCUUGAUAAAAAAUGAGGUUUUACUAUUCCUGAAGUCUGUGGGUGACUAUUUACAGAAAUAGCUGGUGCCAUCUGUAAUACAUUUGCCACAUAAGAACCGAUGUAUUUUUAUUUUUUAUUACGCUUCUAUAGAAAACUGUUCCUUUGAA